AUGGCAGAUCAAUGGCGUGUGGUUCGGACACCGCAGAUUGAAAGGGCUAGCACCAAACGGAAACGAAACUCACGACCGGAUGGUCACGAAAUUACUGAGCAGCCGUGGUCGAGUUCGACCAUGUCCUUGGUGGAAGGGGUAGGUAUCGACAACGAAUGGCUCGAACAGCUGCUGAUUCAGAUCAAGGCAUUCCACUUUCACAAUUCCACUACUCCAGACACAUCAAUGACCACGGCGUUGCCGGGUGGUCAAAGGCUGCAUCCAGUUAACUCUGGAGCAAGUAAUCCACGCCAAACUGGGCGUCCCUUGAGACCACAUGCCCCAAUACCUGCGCUACCAGGGCCACGGUCAGCAACGGCAGAGCUUAUCUCGCUGUUCCCAUCGCGCGAAGUGGCAUCUUUGCUGGUGGACACCUACUUUGACCGGAUACACUGGUUCAUGCUUAUUUUCCACCAAGAUGAUUUCCGGCAAACCUGGCAGCAAAUGUACGACUCUCCCAGGGAGCAGCUGGCAGAUACGUACCCGAAUCCAGGGUUUAUCAGCACUUUCCUAGUGGUCAUCGCGAUUGCAUUACAAUACGCGGGUAAACAUCGACAGCAAUUGCUCGAGGCCCAUGGCAUAUCUCCAGUGGAUCUAAAGGAAAAGAUCUUUUCCACAAUUCGAGCCAAAAUGCUCGACAUUGUCUCAUUGGGAUCAUUAAAUGCCGUUCAAACAUGCGUCUUACUGGGUACUUAUUACCUCUAUCACGGCAAUCCAGAGCUGGCAUGGCCCGUAUGCGGCUGUGGAUUGCGAAUUGCCCAGGCCUUAAAUUUGCAUCGGAAGCUUCCCCAUGGAUCAAUGUCACCAGAAACGCAACGGCAGUACGAGACCCGAAAACGCUGCUGGUGGGCUAUCUACGAGAUCGAGACAUUUUGCUCCAUGUCCUAUGGUUAUCCGCAUAGCAUCAAGGAUUCGGACUGCGAUGUGGAGUUGUUGGACCCCCUGGCCAAAUCUGUCCCUGAGCAGUCGCCUGCAUCUUUUGAUGCAACACAUCAGUGUCCGGCAAGCCUCCUCUCUUACAAAUAUUUGAUGUCAAAAUUAUCUGUUCUGAUCAAGGACAUUCUCACGGACCUAUACGGACUCGGUGCCUUAAAAGGAAACACCCAGCAAGACAGGUCAGGCACCUCUUCUGGCCUUCAGAAUCUUAUUCGAAAAGUGUCUACUCUAGAUGCCAGGCUGCAGAGAUGGAAUUCAGAGACACCUGAUUUGCUACAGGUCAACUCCAGCAUUGCCGGUAUAUCUUAUACUUCUGUCGAGGAGAUGGACAGCGAUAUUGGUGCUUCUGGCCCCAAGUUUGAAAACCACAUCUAUCAGUUUCAGGCACUCGCCCUCAAACUUGCCUAUGAAAAUGCGCGAAUCCUUGUGCACCGACCCUUGCUCGCGUACAAGACUAUUCCUCCCACCGGUCCCGAGCUUGAAGACACCCAUUCGGGCCGAGAUCCUCUCCAUAUGUCUUUACAGGCCUGUCGAGAUGCAGCUCUGAGUACCGCUGAAAUCGAAACGACUUCCGUAUUCUCCCUCGCUGCCGAUACCUACGCAGCAGCAUUUAUUGGCAUCCAUACCUUUACCGCAGGUGUCAUGCUCUGCAUUUUGACAAGCCUUGAUCCCCUAGCUCCGCACUCUUAUCAAUCAAAGAUGGGGUUACGUCGACUUCUCAGCAUGCAGGCGCAUUUGAAGUUGCGGUCUCAUUCCACUCUCGCUGCACAAGGCCUGGAGAUCUUGGAGAGAUUGACCAGACUACUCAUGGAGAAGGAAUUAAGAGAGAUGCUUACGUCCGGAAAUGACGUGCGGACACUGUCGCAAGCUGGUACUCCUAGAGAUGAGCAGGUGACACAAGAUCUGGAUGAAAGUGGCCAGGAUCAGAUACUCGCUUUGGCUGAAACCCUUGACGAGGGAACUAUGUUCCACUACGUAGAAGAUCCGGCCAUGUCACAAGCCCUCUACGACUUUGAUCAAGUACUCUCGGGCCACGACAUGAACGUCCCGCUUGAACCACUUUUCCCGGAUCUACUCGGCUCCGGAAGUGGAUUUGCGCCAGAACAGGCGUGGAUUUGGGGAGUUGAUAGCCUGGCACAGUUUCCAGGAUAG